AAUUCCAUUCUAGCAGUUGGCCAGAAGGCACCACCUUUCCCUUCGCCCGCAGGCUUUUCCGAUCCGCAACCAGACCAAACUCCACAACAUUUCCUCAAGCUGUUCCUUCAAGAAACCUGGAUCAAUCCAACCUUCAAUCGCACAGUCCGUGGGAUCUCCCUUGAGUUGCGAUGGAAGAGGGGACCACGGAACCUGGAUCAUUCUCCCGCUCUUCCUCCUUCGUUGGAUUCGAGGAGUGGGUGGCAUUGGUGAGGAAACGCAAUGGGAAGGCCUCUUCGUGCGGGCGUCUGGGUCUCCGUUCAACAGCCAGUUCAGAAGUACUAGAACUUGCAGAUCCUGAUAGCAAUGUCAUUAAUCCUGACCCUUGUGACCAAGUGCCAGAAGGAAUCCUUUGGGAGAGGCUUGGGAGGGUUUCCAUGAUGGAUAUUGAGUCAAGUGACUUCAGUUGGACCUCUCUCACCUCACUGCACCAUACAAAACAUACGGCUACAAGUACUGAUCCAUCUGAGGAUGACAUUAGCAGAAGUUUUGAGGUGACAGUAAAUUCUGGGGGCAUUGUUUUUAUUGCAUUAUUCAAAGCUAUUGAAAAUGUUGAUCUUCCGUCCAAGGAAACAGCUGCAGUAAUUAAAAUAGCACCUUCAAGGAUGGCCACACAGUCUGAACGCUUUGGGUACGAACUCGCUAAAUGGCUUGGAGUGAGAACUCCUCAAGGUAGAGUCAUUCAUAGCUCCUCAGAUGAAUGGCAACAAGUCAAGGAUGCAGUUGAAAAUGCUCGAAAUGCAUCGAUAGCUUCUGGUGAUGAACUUGAGGAGAUGAUUUGCGCCGAGGUUUUAGAAGCCCUUGAAUUGAGUCGUUGCCUAUUUCUGAUGAAUUAUGUACAUGGCUCCGCUCUGCUAGAGAAUGUAAUGCCCUUCGAGUCACGGCAAGCUGCUGAAAAAACUGCUGAAGCAUUAGGUAGGGUCUUAAUCUUGGACCUCGUAUUGAGGAAUGAGGAUAGACUGCGAUGCCGUCCCCUUGGCUGGCGUGGAAAUUAUGCAAAUCUACUUGUUGCCAACAGGGAAGCUUAUGCCAACCUUGACUCACUAGAUGAUGUUUAUGAUUCUGCUAUCAUUCGAUACAAGCCAGAGAUCAUUAGAAGCCCUCAGAAACAGAAGCAGAGAAGAGCUGUUUCAAUUAGUGGCAGUAUUGGCUCAGAUGUCUCUGACCUCACAUUGGAGGACUCUUAUGCUUCUAGUGGACAUGUGUUUUCUAGCUUUAAUAUUGUAGCCAUUGAUUCAGGUGUACCACGCAGGCCACCAGCCAGUAAGCGGGCAAAAGAUCAGGAGAGCUACCCCAAACUAGUGGAGUUAACAUUGAACAACUUCGACUAUUCUUCCAAACUUCUGUUUGAGGUGUCCUUCGGAAAACUUGGCACCCCAGGACAUGAAGAAUUUGAUGUACCAUCAGACUACAGUUAUAAUUCUCCUCUCUCUGAGAGUGAUAUGGUAGCAACAGUGCAUUCAUUCCGAGGAGGUUUUCGUAGUGCUCUGAGAGACCUUCAGCGAUUCCACAUUUUUCUCAUCACACUGUAUCAGAAGCUGGAUGGUCUAUUAAAAAUUUUCUUCAACCUUAUGUAUAAAUGUUCCAAUGAAUAUGCUAGGGAGGAUGCUGGUACUUCGGAUUCACCAUUGUGUUCAGUGGAACCACAAGGAGAUUCAAAUGAUACUGAUGUUCCAAGGCAUCUGCGUAAGCCUUCCCGAACCUUAUCCCGUGAGAGUCUAGACCAAUCAUCUCCUUGUCGGGAUAGCUUUAUCACCAGACAUUUCAAAGGAAAUGGUGAUUCCUCCCGUGGUCUUCGGUUGACAAUGAAGCUGCGAGAUUUUAACAAGUAUGCCAAGAUAGACAGUGAAUUAAGCAAAGAGAUAGAACAAUGGAAUGACAUGCUGAGGACUGAAGUAGUAAAGUUGUGUCAAGACAACAAUUUUCAAACAGGUUUUUUUGAAGGCACUGAUAAUAGCACUGUUGUUGAUGCUUACGAGUUGAAGGUUCGACUUGAGCACAUUCUCGAGAGGAUAUCUUUGAUCUCUGAUGCUGCAAGUACUGAGCGUCCAUCACAGAUCACAGAUUAUCUGUAUAUUGGUGGUGCUCUUGCUGCUCGGUCAACACACACACUUAAACACCUUGGCAUCACCCAUAUAUUGUGCUUGUGUGCAAAUGAAAUUGGACAGUCAGAAUCGCAGAAGCCUGACCUUUUUGAGUAUAGGAAUUUCUCGAUAAACGAUGAUGACAAUGCAGACAUUGGUGAUCUCUUUCAAGAUGGUUCUGAUUUCAUCAGUUAUGUGGAUCACUUGCGUGGCAAAGUACUUGUGCAUUGCUUUGAGGGAAAAAGUCGAAGUGCGACUGUUGUUCUUGCCUACCUGAUGCUGAGGAAGUCUAUCAACCCAGAAUUGACAUCUGUAAGGAUAGGAAGAUUGGAAUUGCAUCUUUCCUUAUUUUUUAUUGUUCUGGACGCAGUCAUCAUCUCGUAAUUUCCCCUUUUUCUCUUAAGAAACUGUACUCUCCUGGAAGCAUGGAACAUGCUGAAGAAGGUGCACCGACGCGCGCAUCCCAAUGAUGGGUUUGCUAAGAUCUUGCUGGAUCUUGACAAGAAACUGCACGGGAAAAUCUCCAUGGAAUGGCAACACAAGAGGCCUGCAAUGAAAGUGUGUCCUAUCUGUGGCAAGAAUGCUGGUCUCAGCAGCAGUUCACUCAAGCUCCACUUGCAGAAGGCACACAAGAAGAUAUCCUCUGGGAGCGUAGACAGUGCAAUGACUCUGGAGAUACAAAAAGCAUUAGAGGCAAUCAAAGCUGGCUGGGGCGGCAGUGACAGCCCAGUGCAUAAAUCACAAUCACACAUAGAAGGAUUUUGACGUUUAAUCUUACGUUCCUACGGUCCUAUUAAUAUAUCAACAAGGCUGGUAGUCGGCGACCGCUUUAAGAGUGAAGCCUCAGCUCUAGACUUCAUGACACUUGUAAGUAGCACAUUUUUGGAACAUUUGGUUUUUAUUCUAUAGUUCAUGAGCUUGGAUUGACAAGAACCAUCCAUAGAGGGAAUGUAGUUUCUGUUAUAAAAUUGUGCGAUUCUUUUUUCAUGAAACUUGUACGAGAUGAGCAUUCAGAUUCUUUGGCUAUCAAAUUUUGAAUCUGUUGUCCUGUAUAA